AUGAACGACGAAGAAGAAGCAAGUCAGAACCCUUUGGAGUUGACGAGUCAGACCUUCGAAAUGAUCACGUUCAUGGAAGUAGCUGAUUUAGUCCGAGAAGUUUCUGGUGCGUUUCCAAGUGGGAAGAAAUCAUUGGACCCAUCCCUAAUGAUCAGUUGCAUCGAUUUCAAAGUUAAGCAUCUAAAUCUUCUGAAGAGCAUAGACACAUGGAAAGCUCUUCUAUAUGAAAACUCGCAGAAGCUGCCACUCUUACAGAACACGAAAAAUUUUUUGAGAGCGACGUUGGAGCAUUUCAUAGGCGACUAUGAUUACUUCUUGCUGGUGCAAAGAAGUCAAGUCGAUAGAAUCGUAGAACUCGAUAGAAUCGUAGAACGUAUUGUGUCUUUUUUCGCACCAGGAUAUAUUAUGAAAAGCUAUGACGAGCUGUUGGACUUUGGUACUUCUAUGAAAGGUAUCCAACCCGAAAGCUUAAAAGCUCAAAACAAUUUCUUGUUUCGUUACCUAAUAGGUUGGAUGGGAUUGUUCUUUCAUAUUUCAAAUGAAAUUGCGGAGUUGAGAUACCUGGAUCCGAAUUCUGUGAAAGUGCACAAUCCGUUGAUGGAGAAAGAUGAAACUGCCAAUUACUUGUCAAACUUCGUAUGUAAUCCUACUCUAAACGAAAUACAAAAUUAUGUGGAGCAUUUUGGAUUAUUGAAGAUGAUCCACAGGGGUAAUACGAAAAGAAUUGCUGAGAGCUGCGUUGGUUACAAAGUUUUCAAAGAACUAGAUGACGCAACAAAGCAGACGUUACGGAAGUACUUUGAAAACUUCAGUGCAGAACUAGUUGGUGUGCUCCCGGUGUUAACGUAUUGUCAGUAUCACUCGUUUCACUAUUCUGACUUUACUCCAAGUANGACACCCAGGAAAAAUCAUCCAAAUUUGAUUUCUGAAAGAGAGGAACCUAUCGUGAGAAAGUCUAACCUGAUGUCUAUGAAUGCAGUCGCAAAACGAAAAAUCACAAAUGAACUCCCUCAACAUUCACGAAGUAUUUUGGGUCUCACAGAGUUUUGUUGUUCAAUCGUCAUAGAAGGGAUCAGAAAUGAUUUAUUCCCAGAGCACAAUAUUCGAAGCUGCAGGAAGAAAAUACAGUGUUGCUUUCGAAAUCUUUUUAAGCCAAAGCAAGACACUCAUAUAUUCGAAACGUUGGAUCCUUGCUAUGACCCUGUGCCAGUACCGUUCAUUGAACACUUGAAAAAAAAAGGAUUCAGUAUGGAUUUUCAGAGAGCUGUCUUCUACAACUCGAUGUAUUUCUUCAAAAUAUUUUCACUACAAGUUAUCGGGGUCUAUCAAAACUUCGUAAUCAAAGAUGAUAGCGUUUCACAUUUCGAGAACAAGCACGCUGUUACUGCAAAGCAUAUAGAGUUUAUAAAUGAUAAUGUAACAACGUUCGAAUCAACUGAUGAUGAGGAAGGUUCGAUAGUAAAGAACACCACAUUCCAGACACCCAGGAAAAAUCAUCCAAAUUCGAUUUCUGAAAGAGAGGAACUUGUCGUGAAAAAGUCUAACCUGAUGUCUAUGAAGUCUGGAAUACAGGAGAAACAAGAGGUCGCCGAAGGAGAGGAUGAGAUCUCCAUCUGUUCACCAGCUAAGAAACCAUGUAUCUGUGUGACACUCGAUUCAGACAGUGAUGUAGAUAGUUGA